AUGAAUGCCAUGUACUCUGCUGAUCAGAUUAACGUCCCCCCGGAGCUGGGGACGAUCAUGAAGCAAUACACCAAGGCAGUGAUGCGCGACAAACCAACUGAUCUAUACAAAUACAGCGCCAAUUUUUUUGCGAUCUUGAGCGGCUACGCUACCCCUUUUGACGCGGAAGGGCAGCUAACGGAGAAUGGAGCGAGCGAGGUGCCGUCGUGUUCGGCAGACCCAGUACCUGUCGAGAUACCGGAGGAAGAGAGUGCGGAUUCACAGGAUCCGGUCGACGCCAUCCUUCGCAGAUACGACCGCACUGGAACAGGCUAUAUGGAUCCGGCAGAGCUGCCGCAGCUUCUAGCUGACCUCAGGACAAGUUUAUCGCUUGAUGAAAAAGACCUGGACUCCGUGGAGGAUAUUCUAGCGAUGCUUCCCAGUGCACACAAUCAGAUUGACCUGCUGGAGCUCCGCAGUUUCCUGUUCGAAGGUGUGGGUGAGUAA